CGAGCGUAUAUAAGUCCUGGAAGGCGGCGUGACUGGGAAGCUUGUUGGGGGGGUGCCUUAUUUGCAUAAAGGGGCGUGGCCACGAGCGUAUAUAAGUCCUGGAAGGCGGCGCGACGGCAGAGACGGAGCAGAGCCGGCCUCGCGCCUCCUUGAUCCUUGGGCUGUUGAGCUUGGCAAGCGGCCCGGCGGUGGUUCUUCUGCUUCUCCUGCUUCUGCCAUGAAAGCCAUGAGCCCGGUGCGUUCGGUGCGGGGCUGCGUGGAGGCGGCGUGCUGCCUGUCGGAGGGGAGCCUGGGCCUGUCCCGCGGGAAGAGCCCCGGCCCGGGCCCGGAGGAGGCGGCGGCGCCGGGCCUGCUGGACGACAUGCGGGGCUGCUACUCGCGCCUGGCCGCGCUGGUGCCGGGCAUCCCGCAGGGCAGCCAGCCCAGCCAGGUCGAGAUCCUCCAGCGCGUCAUCGACUACAUCUUCGACCUCCAGCUCGUGCUCGAGGAACAGGCCACGCGCAGCCAGAAGCACAACCACAAGAACAAGAGCGAGGGCCGGAGCAGCGCCCGGGGACACCACCAGAACCAACCAGCGGCAGAACUUGCCUCCGAACUCUGCUCAACGGACGAGAGGACUCCCUGCCACUAGCCUUGGACAGGCUGCAGGUGUGGAUCCUGGCUCUCGGAUGAAGAUCAUCAAGGAAAAAGAGACCUUGGCUGGUGGAGAAGGGAUCCCACAACCGACGUUUUCGCCUCUUCUUCUGCCGUUGCCUUCCCGAUAAGACUCGUCUGCAGAACGUAUUAGCCAUUUCAGAUGCCUUCAGGACGCUCAAGUUUCCUAAUAUCCGCUCUUAUUUUCCCCUCAGUGUAUACAAAUAUCAGAAACUCUGCUGGGUAAAGAAAAGAAAAAAAUUCUCCUCUUCCCACAAUCCAAAUGAAUCAUCAGAUCAGAUCGCUGCAUUAACACAAGAGGAAACCCAUCAUCCCCGGCAGGAUGGAAGGAACAAUGUCAAGAGUCUGCACAUGGUUUUCUGGUUGGACAUCUCCACGAACUGUACGUGGUUGGGGUUGUUGUAUGUUUUCCAGGCUGUCUGGCCAUGUUCCAGAAGCAUUCUCUCCUGACGUUUCGCCCACAUCCAUGGCAGGCAUUCUCAGAGGUUGUGAAGACUAUAUCUCCAUGUUCCAGAAGUAUUCUCUCCUGACGUUUCUCCCACAUCUAUGGCAGGCAUCCUCAGAGGUUGUGAAGACUAUAUCUCCAUGUUCCAGAAGUAUUCUCUCCUGACGUUUCGCCCACAUCUAUGGCAGGCAUCCUCAGAGGUUGUGAGGAAUAUAUCUCCAUGUUCCAGAAGUAUUCUCUCCUGACGUUUCGCCCACAUCUAGGGCAGGCAUCCUCAGAGGUUGUGAGGAAUAUACCUCCAUGUUCCCGAAGUAUUCUCUCCUGACGUUUCGCCCACAUCUAUGGCAGGCAUCCUCAGAGGUUGUGAAGACUAUAUCUCCAUGUUCCAGAAGUAUUCUCUCCUGACGUUUCUCCCACAUCUAUGGCAGGCAUCCUCAGAGGUUGUGAGGAAUAUAUCUCCAUGUUCCCGAAGUAUUCUCUCCUGACGUUUCUCCCACAUCUAUGGCAGGCAUCCUCAGAGGUUGUGAGGAAUAUAUCUCCAUGUUCCAGAAGCAUUCUCUCCUGACGUUUCGCCCACAUCUAUGGCAAGGCAUCCUCAGAGGUUGUGAGGAAUAUAUCUCCAUGUCCCAGAAGCAUUCUCUCCUGACGUUUCUCCCACAUCUAUGGCAGGCAUCCUCAGAGGUUGUGAGGAAUAUAUCUCCAUGUUCCAGAAGCAUUCUCUCCUGACGUUUCGCCCACAUCUAUGGCAGGCAUCCUCAGAGGUUGUGAAGACUAUAUCUCCAUGUUCCAGAAGCAUUCUCUCCUGACGUUUCGCCCACAUCUAUGGCAAGGCAUCCUCAGAGGUUGUGAGGAAUAUAUCUCCAUGUUCCAAAAGUAUUCUCUCCUGACGUUUCUCCCACAUCUAUGGCAGGCAUCCUCAGAGGUUGUGAGGAAUAUAUCUCCAUGUUCCAGAAGCAUUCUCUCCUGACGUUUCGCCCACAUCUAUGGCAGGCAUCCUCAGAGGUUGUGAGGACUAUAUCUCCAUGUUCCAGAAGCAUUCUCUCCUGACGUUUCGCCCACCUCUAUGGCAGGCAACCAUGUCAGUGGUUGCAAGCUUCCAAACCUUCGCAGAAAAACCCAUUUGCAAAGCCGCCUUUUCGAGACAAGAAAAUGCAAGGCAGAACUCCUGCAGAUAGCUUUUGUGUAUAUUUUGGAUUAUAGUCUUUUUAGCCUUGGUUUCUGGGAAGGAGAAACGGGACACUGAAGAAGAAUGUGGAAAACCGAACCCUCUUGGCCUGGUGUUUUCUCUCUCUUUAGUUCUUGAACUCUACAAUAGAGAGAUCACAAGCGCCUACCUUUUUGAUUUUGCAGGAAGGUGGAUUUCUGCACCCUUAUGUUGUACCUACUUUGUAAAAAAAAAACUUUUUAUAAAAGUUUGUUACGUAAUAAAUUUUAAAUUUGA